UUUUUUUUUUUUUUGCUUUGGGGGUUGGGGUGGUGGCUUUUGCGUACCAAUGGAAGAUAUCCUGAUGUCUCAAAAAAGAUGGCACAAGCCUAAAAACAUGUGCAGCGAAUUACCUCUUGCAGCUUCAGUCCUAUUUUUGGAUUUUCAAGACGCAAGGCCGUGCUUGUGCCAGCUCAUUACCGUGUCGAUGGCUGUCUCUGGUUGAGAGAAAAGCAAGCAAAAUGUGAUGAGAAGAUUAUGGGGAGAGUUUGGUACAAAUUGAGCCCACUUGCCGUCAAAUAACAUUUCCCAAUCCGUCCUCAUCUUCCCCGCCAAAACACAGCACCCUCUCACCUCUUCAAACCUGCCUUCAUUCGUUUGCUUUCACUCGUUGGAAAAUUACCCCAUCGCUACCAUGAAGUUCAUCAAAUCCUCCAUCCUCUUCUCUCUCUUGAUGCUGCUCACGCAGUCAAUUGCUAUCCCCAUGCCUGGUCCGGUUCCCGCUCCGGAAGAUGGCGAUGUUGCUUUAGCUGAGAGAGGAUUCCUCAGCAACCUGCCGGGGUUGAAGGACCUUUGUCCACCAGCUUCUUCCCAACCCGCCCCCGUCCAGCAAACGAACCAGUGCUCCAGCGGUGUUCCAUACUGCUGCAGCACUGAAGGAGGAUCCCACAACUGCGUGGAUUCCACAGUUGAAUGCAAACAAACCGUUAUUUGCUGCAACAACAACUUCGGGUCCCAAGUGUGCAUGGGAGACAUCGACUUCAACAUGCCGAUCAAUAUCAAUGUCAACCUUAAGUAGUUUCCCAGUAGCAUAUGCACGGGACCAGAGGCCCUUGGCUGUGCGUCGAGAGUCUGAGGAACAGAGGGAAUUGCUGAGAUUUGGUUCCGGCAGCUCUAAACUGAUGGUAAUGGGGUUAGUUAAUGGCCUCAUUCAGUUUGGGACUGAGCCCUUUUCUCAGGCAUGGUUGUUGCUGUAGCUUUUUGCAAAGAUUUAUUAUUUAUUAAUUUCGCACCUGAUGUAUGGAUGGCCUCACCAGCACUGAAAGGGUACAUUUUCUUCAUCCCUGAUUUGAUCGUUCUCAACGACUUCACUCUUUUGGUUUUCUUCUUUUGGUCUGUUGUAGAAGACUCAUCCUUUUGCUUCUUCCACCCCCCAACCAGCUUCUCCCACUUCUGCCUCAUCUGUCAGUUAUUCUGUCAAUUUUUAAUAGAUAAAUGAGAAACAUUUUUUUGCUCCCG